UGUAAAUGGUGUUGUUAUUAAAAACGAUCCCAGUAGUCUAGAUUUUGCAGCAUCUCUCUUCCAGAUGAAGGGUACGGUGGGGUGGCGUCAAUUAGCCCUUCGGACCACCGUACUGCACAGUUAGUUUACUCGAGUACACUGUGUGUUGUCAUUCCCGCAAGCAAUGCUGCCCUCCCCAAGGUUCAAAUUCUCUGCCAAUGAGGCAGCCGGUUGUUGGUGCAGUGGAAGCUCUACAUGUAUGUAAUCUUCCAUCCAACAUUACCGAGUUUUCCAACUGAGUACAGUACACCUUGCAUCGCCCUGCAUCGUAAGUGUAGACUAGUUUGAUCGUUUGUUCAGCCUGGACACUCAACACUCAAGUUGGCUCCACAGCAGCUCCACAGUCAACGAUGAUGGAAAUUGUGGCCGUACGCCCGUUAACCCAAAGACUCGUGCCGUAAAUUGUCCCUCAGAGAUGUCCAUUUAUUUCUUUCAUUCAUUUCUGGUGAGCUGCCUAAGCAAAAAGACAUAAAGAGUACCGUAAAUAAGUAAGUGAAGUAAGAAGUGCAGUAAGAAGUAAGUUUGUGCAUGCUUCUUCAAAAACGAAGACGCUCGGGGAUGCAGGGGGGUGUCAGUGGACGGUGGAUGGUGGCCAUGGGCAUUAAACAUACACUCAGUACAGCUCUCAGUACCGCGUUCCAGCGAUCCAGUUCCAGCGUUCCAGCUGGACAGAGUUCGGUACCAGAGUUAUUUGCUGGCUCAUUGCUAAUUGAAAUAUCUUUGAAAGUGUGAAGUGUGGAGGGACUCAUUCCCGCGUCAAACGCAAAAGGAGCCAAAACAUCAACACUUCCACAGCACGAAGUGUUGGAUGUGCCCAAAUCCCUUUUCGAGCCCCAGUCCCUUCCCACACAUAGUCCACUCCAACCACAUAGUAAUUCCAUUUCUUUAUCUGGCAGAAAAGAGAUGGAGAGGCACCAUCGCAAUGAACAUGAAGAUGAGGUCAGGUCAGGAGCAGGUGCAGUAUGUCAUCAAAAUGACGAAAGGAGUGUGUUGUAUCAUCAAAAUGACCACAAUGCUGAGGACCAAAACUCUGUUUCCCAAGGAGACUACAAUGAUCCUCAACAAUCACACUCAGUUACUCACCUCCAUGUGUUUGCGGAUCAAGAGAAGAGACAGGACCGGCAUCGGCAACCAGAGGAAGCUGCUGUUGUUUACCCAGAAACUCUUCAGUUCUUUGGUCAAGAUGACCAAACCAUGGUUUCCAACGUUACUGACCUCCACUCUGUGGAGUAUCAAAAUGCAAUGUACCCUUCCUUGCAUAAUGUACCAGACGAUGAAACAGUGGAAGAUCCCUUCCACAAUAGCAGCAACCAUGAGCCUGCACUGAAUUCCGACGUCCUGGCACAAAAGGUGGAUGACAAAAUGAUGACUCUCCCUGAAGAAACUGAAGAAAAAUCAACUACUCAGGUGGGAGUAGUUCCCAGCAGUAUUGGGGCAAGCAAGGUUGAGGAUGCCUACAUACAAGCAGAGGCAAAAGAGCUGGCUACUGCUCCUCAAAGUCAAUAUGGGACACUUCCUAAGAUGAGUGAGGCACAGAAAUUUGACAAACAAGCGUGCUCAGCAGCUCCUCGGGGACUAUCAAAUCAACAGUAUGAUGUCAUGGCAAAAGAUGGAAAGGACAAUGGCCCAGUCAUUCCGCAUCAGCAGAAUCAAAUUGGAGCCACCCAGGAAAGAAACAAUCACCAGGAGGCUCCAUUUGUAGACCUUCCAGAUGACAUUCCCUCAAAGUACCGCCCCCCUUCCAAAGUAAGCAUGGCAAUUGCAGCUUCAACAGACUCCAGAGCAGGGCUUCCGGGAGCUUUUGCGGAAGGUGGAAGACCUUUUCAUCCCAACGAGAAUCCUGAUGCUGAAGCAACUUCACAUCCUGACGAGAACCCUGAGUCUACUGGGGAUACCCGUAUGGACAACCAUCGAGGAGAACACAUGUUGGUUGCGGAAGUUUCAGUUCCUGAUCCCACAGGAAUCCAUGGCAAAGAUGAAUCGUCCAAGGAGCAGAGCCAGAGAGCCAUUGGCAGGAAAUGUGCUUUGCUUGCACUAGUUGGUUUCCUUGUUGUGAUCAUCACUAUUGGCGGUGUCUGCGGUAGUGGUGCAUGCAGUGGAGGCAGCAGGGAGCAAGAAGGCUUGGUACCUACAAUGGCUCCAACCUCACAGAAGUAUUUUGAGCAUCAAAUGGCAAUUCUGAAUUUCUUUGGAGAGGACUAUUUUGAUGGAAUGGAUACUGCAUCCCCCCAGCACAAGGCCUUGGAUUGGAUCACAAAUGAUCGCAUAGCACCAGAGGAUGAUCAUUUCAUUCAAAGGUUUGUUUUGGCAGUCUUCUACCUCCACACAUCACAGCAGUCAAGGUGGCUGCAAUGUACCCCAACACUAUCCUGUCUAAGCAAUGGUGUUGGUUGGAUGCGUUCAGGCAAUGAAUGCAACUGGGGUGGAAUAGAUUGUGAUGAAAGUGGUCAUGCGACAGAGUUGAGCAUGAUAGACAAUGACUUGAAUGGGAAGCUGCCAACAGAGCUGGCUGUCCUCUCCAAGUUGACCAGUCUCAAGUUGACGGACAACAAUCUCACAGGUCCGUUGCCAUCAGAACUCUACACACUUGCUUCGUUGGAGGAACUGAACUUGAAUGGCAAUUCUCUGACUCGAGCGAUCAGCACCAAAAUUGGACUCCUGACAAGCCUGUCCAAGAUGGAUCUUUCAAACAAUCAGUUCUUUGGAAGAUUGCCAGAAGAAUUGUCAGCCUUGACAGGGUUGUACCAGUUUGACAUCCAUGGAAAUGAUGGUUUGUAUGGCCAGAUUCCUCAAGCCGUGUGUGACACUGCCCACAGGCACACUGAUGCGGCUGAAGAAGUUAUCGUCAAGGCCGACUGCCGCAUGGUGGAACUAAUUACUGAAAACAUCAACUGCCCAAAGGACUGCUGCACAGAAUGCUGCUACGAAGGGAAGUGCUUUCCUGCUGAAUGAAUGAGUGUCCCAUGUAAAGAUCUUCAGGGGCUUUUUAAGACUAGUUUUCAGGUGGUAAAAAUAUCUAGAGUGUGCGUGAAAUGAAAUACAUCAGUCUUUGGCACCACUUGUUUCAGUGUGGCGAGUCUAGGAGUGGGGACUUCCAAAACAAAUCUGAUUCAUUAACAAUGCAUAGAUACUGGUAGAUGAGUAGAUGCGUGGAUCAAGAGAGGCCAGAGGUGGUACCGGUAAGUGUUGGCCAGCCAGUCUUCUUGGGUUCUUCCAAACUUUAACCUCUCCGAGCUAGCUACUAGCUAGCUAGAGCAGGAGCAAUAGGUAUACUGGAACAGGUUUCGUGUACAGUCGUGCUAAUAAGAAAGUACGGAGGUUGGUAGAGUGCUCAAGUGUGCGCCCCA